UAACUGGAAGCAAAUUAAUUUUUAUAUCUUUUGUAACGUUGCACAUUGUCCUCUCCGAAGUCCUUUUUUGACUGCCCGCUCUUCUGUUUCUCUGUCUCCCUCCUUGGAAACCGCUCAGCUCUAAAAUUUGAAAGCCAAACGACGCUCUCCUUCAUCCAAGCAACUUGAGCUCAAAUAAACAGUGAAGAGAAGGAGAGAAGCAAAAAUGCCAAGAAUAUCAGAGAUACCACCACACCAACGCCAUUCUCAUCGCGUUCCACUUCGUCUCAAGUCCACGGCAUCCUCGGAAGCUAACUCCCUGCACCGCACGGCGGGCAUCGAACGAAGCUCCAAACUCGAAGAUCGUAGCUCUUCUCGCAUUGUGCUCGAAGAGAAAAAGAGGGGGUUGAGAUUGGCGGAUCUGGAGAAGAAGCUCGACCAAACGAUGGAGGAGCUUAAGAAGCUCAAGGAACAGCUGGCUUCAGCGGAGGCGGCCAAAACGGUUGUGGAGAACAAACUCGAAAAGGUGGAGAAAGCUGCUGUUUUUCCUCUGUCGACAAAAACUCUUCCAAAUCCAGAAGAUGUGGAUGAGGUAGAUGAAAAAGACAAGCUUUUGCCAGCAGAAAAAGACAGCGAUAGUUGCAUAACCUCAGAUGUAGAUGAAAUUGCUGCGUCUUGCUGCGAGGACAAUGCAAGCAAACCGGAGAUAAUGGUGACUAUUGAGAAAACGAGUAGAUCAGAAGAGAAGGGGGAAGGCGAGGUGAGGAGUAAGCAUGUGGUAGAAUCUACUGAUAUCCUGGAGAUGGCCAAGGUGAGAGCCAAGCUGGCAGAGCAGGCGAAGAAGCUGGAGACUGUUGUAGCAGAGAAGGAAAGCCUUGAAAAGGAAGCGGGGGAAGCAAAGGCGGCCUUAUCUAUAAGCGGGAUGAAAACAGAGGAGAUGGAGAUCAAGCUUGCAGAAACAGAGGAGGAGCUGAAACAAAGUAAGUCAUUGGUACUGCAGUUGAAGCAGAAACUGGAUGCCGAGGAAGUUAGUAAAGCGUCUAUGGAAGCGGAGAUGAAGCUUCUCAGGAUUCAAACAGAUCAGUGGCGCAAGGCCUCAGAGGCUGCAGCCUCCAUACUCUAUACAGGAGAUGAGAGUUUCAGAUCAGCGCUGAAACCACUCGAAAGCGGCAAUUUUUUGAACAAUGGAGUUCUGUGGUCGCCUUUGGUAACCGGUGCAGAGGUUGCUGAAGGACAAGAUGGACAAAAGAAGAGAGGGAGCGGCAGCGGAAUAAGAGUGUUUGGAGAACUCUGGAAGCGAAAGGGACAGCAGAAGUGAUCAAAACUGAAUUUGAAAACUGGUUGUGAGUAUCAUCAACCAACCUGUUCCUUGUUGGUCUUUGUUUCCCAUGUUUUAUGCGCUUUGUUUGUUCUGUUGU